UCUAUUGUUUUUGUUAUUGUAUAUAUGUCAUGAAUGAGUUUCUAACAUCUCAAAUAUAUAAUGCCCUUAAUUGAGGCAAAAUGUAUUUUUCCUCAAUAAAUAAAAAAAAAAAAAAGAAAGAGAGUAAGAAUUUUUAGCUCAUUUAUUUUUUAUGAUUGACUUUUCAUAGGUAUAUUUUAUAAAAAUAAAAAUUAAUUGAGCUUAAUAAUUUUCGAUUAUAACCUUUCGUUUUAAUGGAGAACCAAUGAAUUCCAGACUGAUUUUGAGUUGAAAAAAUUGUGUAAAAAAACAACAAAAAUCUAUUGGAGUGAAAUGAAACGUAAACUAAACUGAGAACCACAACGGAUCGCAUAAAAUGAAGUUUAAAUAGCAUUAAUGAAGUUCGUAACAUAAAGAAUUUUAUAAAAAGAAAAAUAUGAGUGAAACUCUCAAACAGGUUUUCAUCACACUAAGACAGCUGUUGCAGUAGUUUGUGGUAGUGGUCAUCACAUGGCAUCGUCGCAGAACGCUCCCGAUACAGAAGCGGAAGAAGAAGACAAUCCUAGAAGCCUCUUACCGGUCAUCAUCUUGCCGACGGACCAGGCAUGGGUUGUGGUCCUCGUUGCGAUCUGCCAGAACUUCCUCCUCGAGAGUGUACCUCUUACCAUGCUGUCGUUAGCUUCCGAUAUUGAAACAAGUGAAUUUUUCAGUGCUGAGGAUAAAUACCGCAAUGCAGCCGUCUUCUUUGGGCUCUCUAGUAUUUUGACUCCAAUAUCAUGUUCUCUUAUAAACUGGUAUUCCUUUAAAAUAAUCUCUGUCGUUGGGCCAGCAGUGGUUUUUUUUGCUAUGAUUUUGACCUAUUUGACUCAGGAAUAUUAUACCUUCAGUUUAUUCACCUUUAGUAUAAUCGGAGGUUUUGGAAACAGUAUGAUGAAUGCAACCUCAAUGUGCUUGCCUAACAUAUGGUUCUGCAACAGACGGGGUACAGCAUGCCAUAUAUCUAGGUUUGGCCAGUCCUUCGGAAUUUUAUUUAUUCCUUGGUUCACUAAAAGAAUCUUCAUAGAGAACUAUAACUAUUCAAUAGGAGAUAUCUAUUUGCUAUAUGCUGGAAUGUACUUAGCGCUGAUAGCUUUGGGGUUAGCUGUUCCUAAACUUUAUGGUAUUAACGUUGAGGUUCGAAAUUCAAAAAAGGACUACAAAGUAAGAUUUAGAGACCAGGAGACAGCUGAAAAUCUAGCUCGAUCCAUGUCUAUCAUUGGAAAUGUACUAUCUUAUUUAAUUUUUAGAACUUAUCAAAACCUUAUGUACCCAAGAGUAAAGGAUAUUAUUAAAGAAAGAAGUAUAUACAUCUUAGUACCAGAAAAUGUUAUGAUAAAAUGUGUAGAUCCACCUUAUAGAAAAGAUGCACCAAGACGACACAAGUCACCAGUUGCCGUAGAUAGUUCUGUACUCAGCUUCAGUUUUUAUGGAGUACAAGAUGUUCAAAUGGUUAAAUCUCGUGAUCUUCCUGGCUAUGGGUGUCGGCCAUUUUAUAGAGUGGACAUCUUCUAUUCAGCUGAUGUCACUGAACUAAAUAUCUACUACAGAUGAACCAGCUAGACUAUCAUAUGGCGGUGUCACGAGCAAUAUCCAAGAGGGAUUACCAGCAAGAAGCUGGCCAAAAGUGGAUUUUGUUUCCAGAAGCUAUACCUAGAGCUUUCAUUAGUAUACUUCAUAUUUCGAUUUGGAAGCAACUGCACUUUCUUUUCCUCCAAAUAGCUUUGGCCUUGUGCUAUUUUGGCCAUUUUAUACCUUUCAUAUUUAUUAAUGGUAUGUUUUUAGGGAUCGUGGUUUGGAAUUUGGACUUGAGGAAAAAUCUUAUUCAAUAAUCAAUUUCAUUGGUUUUGGCCACUUAGCAAGUCGCCUCUUGGUAUUUGGCUGUAGUUUGUUCUACUUUGAAAUGGAAAGCACUUUUAUGUUUCAAUUCUUGCUCGUAUGCGAAGGAUGCCUUUCUAUAAUCUCCAACUACUUUGAACAAUAUGGAUUACAAGCGAUAUAUGGCAUCCUCACAGGAAUGUAUAUGAGUAUUUCUGUAUUGACCAUCGUUCCUGCUAUCUCUAGAAUCACUGGGAUUUUUACCCUGUCUAACGCUAUUGGCUAUAUGCUUAUUUUCCAGGGGAUAGGAAUCAUGGUGGGCACUUUAGUAUGUGGUCCUAUUGCUGGUGGCGUAUGUAACCGCUUCGGUUUCAGGAUGACCAAUAUGCUUGGAUGCUUCUUAAUGAUCUUGGGCCUUGUUUCUUCCUACUUCAUCUCUGAUUAUUUUUCAUUUUUAUUGUUUUACGGAAUUACGUGUGGCUGCGGAACUUCUUUUAUUCUAAUGGUGGCCAAUGUUGCAACUGGCUUCUGGUUUGAUAGCAAGCGAACAAUCGCGUUUGGAUUAGUCAGCGCAUCAGGCGGCAUCAGCGUCUUCUCAGUGCCUUUGUCCAAUUAUUUGGCUGAUGAAUAUGGCUGGAGGCAUUGCUUCUCCAUUUGGGCAGGUUUAGUUGUCAUAUUACUAUUGGGAUCUUUCCUAUUGGCGCCACCUCCUAUGAUAGAGCUUGAAUCAAAUAAACCUUUGGUUGGACCAGCUAAUACAGUGGAUAUUAAAAGAGUCACAAUCAUAAUUCCUCUGGAAUAUGAAAAGCCUAAAGUGCAAAGAAUGACUGCAAAAAAAAUACAUAAAAUGUCAAUGACAACGGGGAUCCCGAUGGGUAGGGUGUCAAGAGCAUCUGUAAGACCGGCCCGAGAACCCAUCGGUUUGGGCAAGAUCUUCAGGUGCUGCUUGUGCUGUAACUGCUGUACCCAGUCCGUCGGCUCAAGACCGCUCUAUCGCAAGGACAUCUUUUACGAAGGGAGCAUCUGCUAUGCUGCCAAAAAGGAAAAUCAAGAUGAAACCACCUUCCCAUUGACGAUGACCAAGUUGCCUACUACGAGGGAUGUCGCACAAGAAGUGGAGUGCCAUUGUGCAUUACCUGAAGCAGUUAGCAGGGCUUUGAAAGAAAUGUUAGACUUCUCCUUGUUCAAAUCUCCAAUAUUUUUCCUAAUAUUAUUAUCUUCAUUUGUCGUGUAUAUUGUCAGAUACAUACCAUUACUGGUACUCAAAAAAUUCAACCUUCCUUACAUGGACAAUGUGACUGCUAACAAGGUAAUAACGAUGUUUGGUCUUGGGUCCUUGAUCUCCCGUGCCCUUGUUGGGUUUAUUCUGUAUUAUUUCCACCAUAUUAGUCCCCUGAUAGCAACAAUAUUCGUGACCCUCAUCGGAGGAAUGGCACUCUGUUGCCUGAUAAUCACCCAUUGGGAGAUCUAUCAGAUGGUUUUGUCUUUCGUGGCAGGUUCUUUUGUAGCUGUGGUUAUCUCAAUAAGAAGCUUGGUUAUAAUUGACCUUUUAGGCCUGAACAAACUGACAAGCUGUACUGGUUUGUUAUUCUUCCUUCAAGGUUUCGCAUCUUUUGUAGGAAUGCCAAUUGCAGAUCUCUGAUUUCAAACAGACCUGAUGGCUUGACCUGAUGAAACUCUCAUCCUCUUAAUAUAACAAACAUAAUUAUAAAUACAUGUUCUAACAUAAAUUAAUUGAAAUAUUAUGUUAAUUGUCUUCAAUUGAUUUAUUUCAGCAUAAAAUUAUUUUAGAUUUUAUAUAAAAUGACAGAGGUUUUUGUAAUAGGUUAAUGUAUUUCACC